AUGGAAUUUAGAGACAUUGCACUAUACGAUGUUCAAAAUGUUUCCUUUUUGACGAUUAUGGAAAAUGUGGAGUUACAUGGUUUAACAGUUAUGGUGUCUAUCAUGAACACUCGUUUCAGACGCACGUGGGGACAACGACGCAACACACAGCGCGAGCGCAAGGCACAGCUCUGGCGCAGCUCUGUUGAGCCCCAGUCCCACAGCGUGGAACAAGGAAACAUAGAAAAGGCGUUUGACAUAGUACUAAGGUAUAAAUCCGUGACAAGCAUGGAAAAGAAAGGAAUACCCAGAAAACUAAUGGAGGAAGUACAGUUGCCCUGCAAUCGUAAGGCUUUAGAGCUACAAACUUCAAAAAUAAAUUUUGUGUUUGGGGACUUCAAUAGUAAAAUUGGUCGCAUAAAACAUGGAAUUGAGGCGUGGAUAUGUCCUUAUGGUUCCGGUGAAAGGAAUAAGAGAGGUUUGAAACUUCUAAUAAAACACUACAGUGUACACAUCAAACAAAUAAAACCAUCACCCUCAAAUACAAAAGAAAAACAACAACAAAAGCUUUCCUUAAAAUGCUGA